UUUUGGACUCAAAUGUAGGAAACACACUCGAAAAUUUAUUAUGAAAAGUAAUAGUUCUUUUAUCUAAUUUUUUAAGAUUGUAGCAAUUCACACAACAUUGAGAACGAAAGUCUUGAUGAAAGUGAGCUCUAUUGUAAAGCUUUGAGUUCAGUUCAGUUCAGAGUUAGCUCUGUAGUUUUAGGUUGCUUUUCUUAAAUUGUGUAAAUUGAUUCCUGUUCAAAGGGGUUAGACUCCCAUAUAUGCUCUAUUCUUAAGGUGUCACAAUUAAAUUUCAACUCUUUUAUUAUUUUCUAUCGUACUAUUAAAUUUCUUAAACUCUCCAGCGGCCAGCCUAAUCUUUUUGUACAUUAAUUGAACUGUGGUAAACUUCUUAGCUUGGACAGGCUUGUGAGCUAAAACUUAACUGUGAAUUGUCGUCGACUAAAAGCUUAAAAUAAUUGUUAUAAGAAAUUUUGUGCCUGUCUCAUCAUUAACCUUGUGACCUAGUUGUGGGGAGCCCUGAAAAGAUGGUCCCUAUUUAUUUAUUAUGGCCUAAUUUAGCUGUUAGUUUGCUUUCCUUUUUAGAUUCUCCCGUGACAGAUUUUGUGUUUUCUAGCAUUCUGUAUUGGUGUACCAACAACACUUUCUCUAAUAUUUACAAUCGUUGGUUAAUAGAUUCUGUCAUCUUCUUUUAUUUAUUCAUUUUCCUUAUUCGAUUUUAUUUUUGUCUAAUUUUCCCUUUCUAUCUCAUAUACUCAAAAAGUUGCAGUUUUUGUCUUUCAUGUCAAAUGGUACUUUCCCCUCUGAUGGAAGUUCUCAAAAAUGGCAAGGUAUGAUGUAUCCGGAAUUGGGAUAAACCUUAGGGAAAUUCCUGACAACAAUGGUGCAGUCAGGUUGAAGGUAUUAGGGAUCAUCUUAGAUGGUCCUGCUCAUUCAGCUGGUGUGAGACAGGGGGAUGAACUCUUGUCUGUAAACGGAGUUGAUGUCAAGGGGAAAUCGGCAUUUGAUGUUUCCACUAUGCUACAAGGCCCGAAGGAAACAUUUGUUACUAUUGAGGUGAAACAUGGAACUUGUGGUCCAACUCAAAGCAUUAAAGUCCAAAGGCAAUCAAUUGCUCGAACUCCAAUAUUUUAUCGUUUAGAAAAGAUGGAGAAUGGAAAUGUUUCAGUUGGAUACAUACAUAUCAAAGAGUUCAAUGCAUUGGCUAGAAAAGACUUGAUUACUGCGCUGAGACGCCUUCAAGAAUCUGGUGCUUCUUACUUUGUUUUGGAUCUCAAAGAUAAUCUUGGUGGACUCGUGCAGACUGGCAUUGAGGUUGCUAAUCUCUUCCUGACGAGAGGAGAAACGGUCAUCUAUACUGUUGGGAGGGACCCACAAGUACAGAAAAGGAUUAUUGCAGAUACUGCGCCUGUGAUUACAAAUCCUGUCAUUGUCUUGGUGAACAACAGAACUGCAAGUGCAAGCGAAAUUGUUGCUUCGGCUCUUCAUGAUAACUGCAAAGCUGUUAUUGUGGGAGAGAGAACUUUUGGCAAGGGUUUGAUACAAUCGGUUUUCGAGCUUCAUGAUAGAUCUGGUGUGGUAGUCACCAUUGGGAAGUAUGUCACGCCAAAUCACAAGGAUAUCAAUGGAAAUGGAAUAGAACCAGAUUUCCCACGCCUUCCGGGUCCUUCACAUUGUAGUGGGUGACAAGCUAACAAUGAAGAUCACAUGUGGCUGGAGUUAUUGACUAUUAAGAUAUAUGGUUCAUGCUAUAGCGAGUGAACUAUCCAAACAGAUGUGCUGUGUCAUGCACGCAUCGCAUGUAUCAUAAUACUAGUGUUCAAUAAAUAAUACUAAAGGUGGAUUUUGGGCCUUCCAUAUGGCGAAAGUGGAUGAUUUUGGAGAAAAUGAGGCAUGAAGUAGAAUACCAAUUUCUGGAGAAUAAUGUUAAUUAACAGUACCAGAGACGUGUGCAUUUGUGCAGAAGUUGAUUGCAUUAUUUUAUUCUUUAUCUGUGAAUUUAUUGUGCUCCAAAACAAAUUAUACCAUCUUACUUCUUUGUCUAGCCCAUUGAGUGGAAUAGGGCGUGUUUCAAAUAUUUUAUCAUUUUUCUUUUUCAUAUUCUUUUGAAGUAUUUCAAUUUCAAACGUGUAACACACACACAAACACAUUUCGACAUAAUUUAACUAUGCAGUAUAUAAUCUGAUUAUGCAUUAUGUGCUGUCCAAACACAUGCAUAAUGACUGCGUAUUUGCAAUAUUGCAUGUGUUGGUGUAGGUAAAUGUUAGAAACGAUCCAAGAACCUUCCCUGCAUUUUGGUGCAAUAUAGAUGAUGUACCAUUGCAAGCUUAUGAGUAUGAAUCCUAUCAGAACACCCCCACAUAGUGUGGGGCGUUCUGAACCUACUGACGAGGAUUGUGGGAGGUAUUUUGGUAAUUUGCAGGACUCAUAUAUGGUUCAGAUUGCCCCCCACCAUGGCGCAUUUUGAUAGGAAUCAUACUCUUAAGAUUAUUGGACUCACAAGAAAUAGGAAAUAUGCAGAUGACUUAUCAUAGUUAAUUAUUUCAGUUUUAGAAAAUUGUUCUUGUUGCAUGAGGAAUGGAUGUUGUGCCAUUUAGUUUCAUGUGGUUAGUUGGGUUCCUUGAUCGUUGAUUCCAGUGUAUUGUGAUCUUUUUUAAGGAGGCUCUUUAAAUUGACAGUUCUUUGUAGCUGUCAUUGAUGUGCUUGACUGCAAAGUGAUUCUGGUUAGCUUCGGAUGGCAAUCUAAGGGUUAGGAGCUUCCUUCCUGCAGCUGUGUGCUUUGGUGAACAAUCCGUCUUCACACAGAAAAAUGGUAAUCAAGCAAUCAGUCUGGCUACUUAACUCGCAGAUCAACAGGCCGGUAACUGCUCUUUAUGAUGAUGAAUAUAAUCUGCAUCCAGUAUAUACACCUUUUCCAUUUAGAAGUAGCACUCUUUUUCUGAUAGAGAAAAUAUCCAAGACACGUGAUGUAUGGCAACUGUUUCAGUACUGUGGCGCUUUCUUCGCUUCUCUUAAAACAAUAUUUUCAGUGUUGCCAUAACUAGUACUUUUGUUUCUGAUUGAGUAUCUAAUGCUUGGGGAAAAACAAAAUACCUCGUCAUCUCUUAUAUAUCUACGCAAUUCCAUGUUCUAGUUAACAUUUAACCA